GCCAGCGCCUCACCACCCUCGCUGAGAAGAAAUGCUUCCUAAUACCCACCUCGAGUCUCCCUAGCGCAACUUAAGGCCAUUCCCUCUCGUCCUAUCGCUGUUACGUGCGAGCAGAGCCGACCCCCACCCGGCCACAACCUCCCCUUUCAGCUCGGGCUCUGCCACGCGGUUCCCUUGGCGGCCAAUUGCAUCCCGCGAUCGUAUCGGGGCAGCGAGGAGAGGCGCGGGCAAGGCUCAGCGGGGAGGAAGAGGAGGGAGAGCGGCGAGGAAGAGGCCUGCAGCCCGUUCUCGCGGGCCCCGCCCGGCGAGGUCAAUGCCGGCGCCGCGGCCGCUCUCCAAUGAGAUCUCUGCGGGGCUGUCGGAGACGCGGUGCCAUCGUGGGGACCGUCACCCUCUGCCUGGCGGCCGGCUGGGCUCUGCAGACUCCUGGAGGAGUGUCAUUAAUUGUCCCACAGCCCAACAUCAACGCAACGGUGGCACAAAAUAUCCUCCUCUCUGUUGAGUACUCCUGUAGAGGCAUUGCCACUGUGGAGUGGAAACAUGUGUCGAGCUGGGGCACCACCAAAAUUGUGGAGUGGAAAAGUGGGAAUUACAUCAACAUAUCCAGCGCCUAUAAGGACAGAGUGACUACUUUUGAAAAUGGUUCUAUACAGCUUCUGAACGUGGGCAUGAGAGAUGCUGGCUACUAUUUUAUCACAGUCACAGAGGAGUAUGGAACCAACACCUAUGGCACCAUCAUACUCAAUGUUUAUGAGAUUAUCUAUGAAGAUUUACAUUUCGUAGUGGUUCUCUUUGUAUUUCUUGCUGCAGUAUCUGCCAUUUUGAUCUGCUUCAUGUGGCUGUGUAACAAAUCCCUCUACCUGUUCCAGAAGAAGACACAUAAGCUAACAGCAAGUACAACUGAAGAAAUUGAAUUGGAAACCAUUGAGUGUUAGCCAAGGACUGUCUCAUAACAAAAAUAACAACUCUACCUCAGGAGAAAGUAUUGGCAAGAAAAGCCAGAAGGAACCUAAAAGGCAGCACAGCAAUGACUCAAAGCCCCCAUGAGGAGACAGAGAUGAUCAGCAUGGAGUUAGGGCUGCCAUGAGCAGCUCCAUUUUAUACACGAAGUUGCGCCCUUCCAUUUUAUUCCACUGGACUUCCUUGAAGGGCCCUCGAAGAUGGUUCCAUUUGUUGUCCUGCAGUACGUCGCCCUUGGGGAGAUCUUUGCACUGACUCCGUGGAAACUGAACCAUCACUUUGCUGCCACUUUCAGGACCAUUACGUACUGUGAUGAACAAAGAUUUUAUGAGUAUUUUUACUUGUGUUAAAUACCCUCCCUCAUGUAUGCAGUACAUUAUUGUUGAGGCAAUUCCAAACAUGCUGGAAACAAAUGACAAAUUGCCUUACAUACGUUUAUGUUGUAAGCUGAUUUCACAUUUUUUCUCUACAGUUUUUAUGUUGGCACUGCUCUUUGCUAAAGCAAACCAAAGAAACAUUUGACAAACAAUCCAGAGAAUACACAUUUCACAUGAAGUGCAAGGAAAAACAGCCUUAGUAAUGUCAAGUUGUCGGAUGGUUUUCUUCUUUUUUUCCCUACUUAAUUCUUAUCUCCAAGGUGAUCCCUAGCAUUCUGUUCCAAAAAGUACAUUCUAAUUCUCAUGAGCUGCAUCUAUUAAAUAUUUAUUCCUAUUGGAUACCUCUCUGGAGAGGAAUGAAGUCAGGACUGCUGUUAUCAUCAAACUGCAAAAUUGGUGGAGAGAGGGUGGUAUUCUCCAAGUCUAGGUGACAGUUUUUUCGCUUGUGUUUCUUUGUUGUAUUGUUUUUUUCUUUUGGUGGUGGUGGGCUCAUUAUUUGGUUAAGGAGGUAACACUCAGCUUUCCCAAACAUUACACCUGUGGCAGCAGAUCAAAAUUGCUGUAUGACCACUUCAGAUUUGAGAAGCACAGGUGGACACACACCUUAUGCACUAACCAAAACUAACACACGUGGAUCCAGAAGCUACCUCAGCUGCCAGUUCUUUGCCUAUGAAAGGUAAUCUUCAAAAUGUAGACCAGAGGAGAGGGAAAGGCACCUUCAUCUAGUCCAAACCCCUGGCACAAAGCAAGGUCUUCAAGAGCAGGUCAGAAAGAUUUUCAGUCAGGUUUUGAAGAUGGAGGUUCCACAGCCUCUUGGGGCAACCUGGGUCCAACCAUCCUCACAGUGAAAAAGACUACUGUGGUUAAAUGAAAUUUCCUUAUAUCAGUUUGUGCCCAUGGCUGGGUGCCACUGAAAAGAGCCAGGCUUCAUUCUCACUGCACUCUUCCCUUCAGGUAUUUAUGGAUACUAAUGAUGUCACCCCUCAGCCUCCUCUUCCCCAGACUCAACAGUCUGAACUCCCUCAGCCCUUCCUCACAGGAGAGGUGCUCCAGUCCCUUGAUGGUCCUUGUGGCUGUUUAUUGGAAUUGCUCCAGCACGUCCAUGCCUCUCCUGUACUGGAGAACUCAGCACCGGACACAGGACUCCAGCUGUGGCCCUACCAGUGCUAAGCAGACAGAAAAGAUCCCUUCCUUCGACCUGCUGACAAGGCUCUGUGUGAUGCAGUACAAAAAGCUGCUGGCCUUUGUCACAAGUACAUACUCUGGCACUCUUGGGCAGCUUGCUGGUGUCUGGGCUUGUUCCUCCUCAUGUGUGGGACUUAGCACUGCCCUUUACUGAACACUCUGAGGUUCCUGCCAGCCCAGUUCUCAAUUUGUUCAAGUCUCUUAGAAUGGCAGCACACACGUUAUCACUAUCAGCUACUUCUCAUUUUUGUAUCACCAGCAAACCUGCCCUAACAUCCAGCUGCUCUAGGCAGCUGUGGUCCCAGUACUGAACUCAGGGUUAUACCACACUUCUGGCAUCCAGCUGGAUUUCGUGGCUGAGGAUCACAACCUUUUAAGCCUGGCAAUUCAGCCAGCCUAGCUCCUAUUCCAUCACUCUGUCAAUCAAGGGGGAUGUUGGCGUACAGUCUCAAAAAUCCUGCUAAAAUAGAAAACAUCCCUUGUUCUGCCCUCACUUACUGAAUUAGUUAUCUCACUGUAAAAAGCUUUUGGGCUGAUUGAGCGUAAUUUCCCCUUCAUAAAUUGAUGUCAGCUACUCCCAAUCACCUUACGUCCUUAAUAUGUUUGGAAACUGUUGUGUUUUUUUACCCCUUCACCUUUUUAGUAACUGCAGUGAGCUGAGCAGAUUGGGGUUUCCCAUUCUUCUUCUUUAAUAUAUGACACAGGCCUUUUUCCUGUCAUCAAGAAUCUCUCCUGACCAACAGGACCUUUAACGGAUCAAGAGUGGAUUUACAGUGACACAAACCGGGUCCUUCAGCGCUCACAGACACAUCCUACAUCAUUCUUUGUUCUAGACUCACAGAAUCAUCACUCAACUUCAGUAAGGAGGGUCAAGUUAAGUCUGUGAUCCACAUCAUGGGGUCGUGGGAUUUCUGAAGGUCAGUCUUAAGACCAAGGGAAAGAAGAUAUCAGGUACUUUAGCCUUCUUCAUGUCCUGAGCUACCAGGUCCUGUCCCCACUUAGCAGCAGGCCCAGGCUUUCCCUAGGCUUUCUUUUGCUGCUGAUGUAUUGACUGAAGCUCUUCUUACUACUCUGUAUGUCCCACACCAAAUCCAAUCCCAGAUGCACUUUAGCUUUCCUAUUCCCAUCCCUGAAUUCUCAAGCAGCAUCUCAGGUCACCUGCUCCCAUUUUUUGUGACUUUUUUCAUCUGAGGUGAAUCAUAACUCCUUGUUCAUGCAGACUUUCUGACACCUUUGCACAACUCGGUGCACAUGCAAAUGAUUAUUCUUGAUCUGAAAGAGGUGAUCUUCAGAAAAAAAAAAAAGAAAAAAA